AUGGUUGACCAGGGCUACAUACGACACGCACGAAGGAGUGAGGCCUCAGAUGUUCCGACAGUUUUCAGUUUCAUCAAGGAACUUGCCAAUUGUCAAGACGAACUCCAUGUCAUUACCACCACCGAGGAAAACCUCUCCAGGACGAUUGCAUUCGACCCCGACGAGUACGACACAGACGCGGCCCCAGACCCCAUAACGCCUUUUCGACCAGCCCGCUGUCUCCUAGCCUUCAACGAUGUUGGUGAACCUGCAGGCAUGGCACUGUACUUCUACAGCUACGUGACUUGGCACGCAGCACCGGGUAUCUACUUGGAGGACCUCUACGUUCUGCCAUCGGAGAGGAGAGCCGGUCAUGGGAAACACUUGAUGGACGCUCUUGUGGAAGAACUGCGCGCCGUUGGGGGUGUGAGGAUUGAAUGGCGGGUGAUGGAACGGAACGAGACUGGCCUUCGCUUCUAUGAGAAAAUGGGAGCCAAGGUUAUGGAAGGCUGGAAGGAUUUAAAGCUUGAGCCAGCAGGGACAAACUAG